AGCGGAGGCGAAAAAGGAGGAGGAAGAAAACGCGAAACGGACAACAAAGCAGGCGCGAGAAAAGGAAAAAUAUCCGCACAAAUCUCCCGGAAAACGCAAUCAAAGAAUCAGCCAAAACGGAGGCGCGCAGGCUAGCGGAGAUCGCGGCGAUGGAGAAGAAGGCGUCGCUGCGCCGCUACAAGAAGGCCGCCCGCCACAGUGCGACGCACUCGAGCAGCUCGGACUCCACCUCGGACUCGGACAGCGGGAGCAGCUCGUACAGCAGCACGGACAGCGAGCAGGGCGUGGGCGUGGGCGGGGUGGGCGGUCCCGGCGGCGGCCUCGGUGGUCCCGGCAGCGGCGGCGGCGGCGGCAGCGUCCACGGCCAUCCCCAUGCCCAUGGCGUCCAUGGCCAUCAUCCGCGCUCCGCGGAGCGCCAUCAUCGCAAGAAGAAGAGUUCCCGGCGCGGUGGGAGCUCGUCGGGUGAUGAGCCAUCAUCGCGCCGCAAGCGGGACAAACGGGAUCAUGUGCAAAAGAAGCUGGUGGCCAAGCGGAAUCACAUCAAGCGAAAGUUGAAGGAGGCGCGCCUCAAGAAGAGGGCUGCCGCCGCAUUAAGCGGCCAUGUCCAUCGCUCCCUGUCACCCACAACGCGGGCCAAGCUCAAAAAGCUGGCCGAACGGAAGCGUCUGAGGGCCGCCAGCAAGGAGCAGCGGGAGCGGGAUAAGCUGCGCGCCGUCCAGCGGGACAGGGAGCGCGACCAUCACCGGUUGGGCAGCAGCAGGAGUCCGCCGAGCAGCAGCACCACCACCACCACCAAGAUACGCAUCCACCAGGACAUCGUGGGCAAGCGGCAGAAGAGUCCAGGCCUGGGCUCUGGACUUGGAGGCGGAGGCAGCAGCUCGUCCUCACGAAUGCACCACCAGCUGAUGUCGCGGGAGAAGAUCAUCAUCCAGACCAGAGCACGCGGACGCACUCCGUCCCUGGAGCGGGAACGUGAAAGGGAGCGUGAGCGAGAACGGGAAAGGGAACGCGAACGCCACGAUCUCUCCCUGCGAGAGCGGGAUCGAAGAGAUCGAGAACGUGAGCGGGCGGAACGAGAAGCGGCCAGGGACAAGGAGCGAGCCGAAGCCUUGGCCCGCUGCCAGGAGCGUCAGCGGGAGCGGGAACGUUUGGCUCGCGAGAAACUGCGCCGCCAGGAGGAGGAGGAGGGCGGCAAGCGGGGCGGUCCGGGACGAGACCUAGAUCUCCCGCCAUACGGCAGCCGGGAGCGAUCCCUUGACACCGUGGAAAGGGAACGGGAGCGCGAACGUGGCGGUCGUCAUGUGCGCGAUAAGCGGGAGCUGGAUCCCUAUGAGCGGGAGCAGGAGUACCUGGAGGAGCGACAUGGCCACGGGCUGAUAGACGAGAUGCGAAGGUAUCGGCGCAGGGAUCUCAGUCCCCUGCCCGAGCACUAUGCGCCCAGGAUGCGGGAUCCCCGAGAAAUGUAUUCGGAGGAAGAACGGGAAAGGGCCUACAAGCGCGCCUAUCUGGAUGCCCGCUACUCCUCGCGGGAACGGGAAGCCUGGCUUGAGGCCCGUGAGCUGCGGGAGCGGGAGCUGCAGGGACGCGAGUACCGCGAACUCGAGACAGAGGAUAGCCUGUAUCCGGACGAGCGGGAGCGUCUGAUCCGCGACAGGGAGCGGGAUCGGGAGCGAGAGCAACGUGAUCGGGAGAGGGAACGCAAUAUUGGGCCACGUGGCGAUUUCCGGCCGGAAUGGGAGCGCGACUGGGAGGAGGAGGGCGGCGGCGGUGGCGGUCCCGGAGGCCCCAGUGGCACCCCGGGUCGGCCCGUCGGCUUUGUGGGCGGACCGAAGCGUGGCAAGCCCCCAACGCACACGGGCGGAGGACCUUCCUCGCAGCAGCAACACCACUCAGCUUCAGAGCCCGACUGGGAUGCCGAUGAGCGUGAGAGGGAGCGGGAACGGGAGCGAGAACGAGAGCGCGAUCGGGAACGGGAACGCGAGAGAGAUCGCGAGGAUCGGCCGGACACCGGAGGCGGCGGUGGCGUUGGUGGCGACAGACCGUCGAUUAAAAACGAGCCCGCUUGGCUGGAGCACGAUCAGCGGGAGAAGCCCCGCGCCUGGCAGCAGCAGCAGUCGUCCAAUUCUGGCGGUGAUUGGCGAGAUAACGAUGAUGCUCCGCCACCACCCUCCCAUCCGCAUCCGGCUUCUCCGCACCACCAUGUCCAUCCAAGGGGCGAGCGUGGAUCGGGCAGAGGCUUCCGGCGCGGUGGCCACGGUGGUCAUGGCGAUCACGGCGAUCGGCCCGGCUACAGGUCCCAUCCGCCUCCGCUGAUGACGUUGCCGGUACAGCCACCCGGCGGCUAUUCCCGGGGGUUUCCUCACAAACGCUUACCCUAUGGCGGUGGCCGAGAUGGAGGUGGUCUGGGCGGCCGGGACGGAGGACUGGCCGGCUCCUCUGGUUUCCUCAAGAAGCACACACACGCACCGCUCGUCUCGCCGACGCAGACACCACUGUUGAAUCCCCUCUUGAACGCCGCCGGCAAACCGAAUGCUGCCGCUCAAGCGAGCGCUGUGGCUGCCGCAACUACUGCAGUGGCAGCGGCCAAGGCGGCGGCCCAGAGUGCCGCCAAUGCCACAACCAACCCCGGAAUACUAGCUCAGGUGAGCAAACUGAACACCGUGUGCAUCAAGCAGGAGGACGCCUCCGAGGACUCGGCAGGCACACCGGAGCUGGGCGCCCAGGACUCGCCUACGCAAAAUCUGAACCAGUCGCUGACCUCCGAGGGCAAUCCCGUGAAGCUGGAGCCAAUGCGCACCACCGUCGCCGGUGAGGGUGAGCUGAGCGAGAUCAGCGACAGCGACGACGACAUCCUCAACAAGACGGACAAGGUGCGGCCCAAGAGCGAGCUGCCAGCAGAAAGGGAACAGGAAAUGGACACCAACGGAGUGGAGGUGACGAAGAACGAGUGCCUGCAUGGCGUGGCCGGGCACCCGAUCAAGGGCGAGGAGGUCGACGAGGUGCUGGACUUUGAGGAGAUAUCCGAUGGCGAGCUGGAGGAGGACGCUCGGCACAAAGGCAUUGGCGACGCCCUGGGCGUGGACUGGCAGGGAUUGAUAGCCGAGACCCGACAGCAGGCCACCGAGGCCCAGGCGGCGCAACAGGGCGUGGACCGCGGCACCUCCGCCAAGCAGCGAUGGCAGCCGCAUCGCGUGCUCCUCGACAUGGGCAUCUCGUUCGGGAUGGCGGGCGAGAGCUACGCCCGCCGCGUGAUGGAGGAGGCCCGACAGCAGUUGAUCCAGGAGAAGGAGCAGUGCCAGCAGCGCGAACGGGAACGCGAACUGGAUGGAGACGGCGAGCCGCCGGCCAAGAUGUCCUCGCCGUUGCUCGACUACCGUGAAUUUCUGGCCAGUCAGCAGCAACUGGAGCCACUGGCAUGCGUGCAGAUGGGUCUGCGCAGUGCCGCUGCAGAGCGCCAACGAUUGGUGGGCAACGUAUGCGGUCCGGGCAGUCGGGCCCUGAGUGCUCGCCAGGACUUGCGACUGCGCCGCCAGCUGUGCGGUCUGCCGGCCCGGGAGUGCGAGUUCCCGCGCAGUGUGCCGAUCGUGGGCGAAGGACUGCGGAACCUGGCCAUGCAGAUGUUCCAGCGCCGGCUCCUAGAUGUCAAAUGAGAUCCGAUGCCCGGCGAGAUGGCGAGGCGGCAUCGCAAGCCGCGUCACUAUCGACUGGACAUACAGAUCUUCAUGGGUGGCCAGGAGGGCAAGGAGCGCGGACGGGGGCAUUACUAGAAGAUGAUUGUUUGAAGUAAGCUUAGUAAUUGUAAGAUACAUCUUGAUGUGGAUUCCUCUUCUAUGAAAAUUGUGAAUAUCAAUGCAUAAAUACAUAUACAUAUAUACAUGUUCUUAAUAAAAGUUACUGUCCUAUUAAA